AUGGACGAGUACAGUAAAUUCCUCUACAAAGCAGAAGUCAUUGAAAGGCCAGGAGUUCUGAAAGACUUGAAAACAAUGGGCUCCGUUUCUCUCUUUAUAUUCUUCAUCACCCUGCUUGUUCUAGCCAGACAGAAUGAAUAUUACUGUAGGUUGGACUUCCUGUGGAAGAACAAGUUCAAGAAGGAAUGUGAGGAAAUAGAAACCAUGGAAAAUCUAAAUCGGGUUCUGCUGGAGAACGUUCUGCCUGCCCAUGUAGCCGAGCACUUCCUGGCCAGAAACUGGAAAAAUGAGGAUCUGUAUCACCAAUCAUAUGACCUGGUGUGUGUGAUGUUCGCUUCUAUCCCGGACUUCAAAGAGUUCUACACUGAAUCAGAUGUAAACAAGGAGGGUCUUGAGUGCCUCAGACUACUCAACGAAAUCAUUGCAGACUUUGAUGAGUUGCUCUCUAAGCCAAAGUUCAGCGGAGUGGAGAAAAUAAAGACCAUUGGAAGUACAUAUAUGGCAGCCACUGGGCUUAAUGCUACACCAGGACCUGAAUAUACACAGGAGCAUGACAGGCAAUACAUGCACAUAGGUACCAUGGUGGAGUUUGCCUUUGCACUGGUGGGCAAGCUUGAUGUCAUCAAUAAACAUUCCUUCAAUGACUUCAAACUCAGAGUGGGUAUUAAUCAUGGACCUGUGAUAGCUGGGGUGAUUGGAGCUCAGAAACCCCAGUAUGACAUCUGGGGCAACACAGUGAAUGUAGCGAGCAGAAUGGACAGCACAGGAGUGCUUGGAAAAAUACAAGUUACAGAAGAGACGAGUCGCAUUUUGCAGACAUUGGGCUACAUGUGCUCAUGCAGAGGAAUUAUAAAUGUUAAAGGCAAAGGAGAGCUCAAAACGUACUUUGUCCACACUGAGAUGUGCCGGUCUUUGUCCCAGGGGAAUGUAAUGCAAUGAAUCAUAGCAACAUGUGUGCGAUGGACUGCAGACAUCAACAGAAUAAAAGAGGUGUUUGUAAAUAAUUGUGCAAAAUUCUUCAACGCACAAUACACUGGAUGUAUUAAAAGGGAAACCAUUUCUAGCGUACAAGCAGAGGUACUGUACAUGCACAGGGUACUGCAAGUAUUGUAGCAAUUACUUUUGUAAGAAAACGAAAUACAACAAAAAGUGUUUUGACGUUUUAAUGCCAUUGUGUUGUUUUUCUUUUCUUUUGUAAUGCUUAAUUAAACUUUAUAUGUAUUUGUCUAUGAGGACAUCUUUAUUUUUAUGAUUGGCAUUACAGGUUUUUUGAUAUUCUGUAGUGCAGAUUACGAGAACAAGCUAGUAUUUUUUUGUGUUGUGUCACUGACAUGCUGUGCAUGAUAUGUGUCACAUAUUUAUCAAAUGGGCAUAUAAAUGUAGCUUUGGACAGUAGGAUGAUAUGCCUGUAGGAGUUGUAGAAUGUAAUGUAAUAUAUUCUGUUUGUAAGUCUGUGUCAUGUUUUAAUGUAUAAUGAAAAUGUCCCCUCUGCCUUUAUGUAUAUUAUUAACAUAAGGCACCUCCAGCUAUGUUUCCAUCCACUUAUUUUUAUGCAAUUUCACAUUAAAAUGUUUAAUGGACAUGCAAAGAUGCGCAUACAUUUUAAAGAUGCAAAUAAGUGAAGUUUAUUUAUGAACUAAUUUCGAGAGGAUCACUUGCUUAUGACUGACCAUGGCUCGUUCCGCAUUAGCUAUCAUAUGAUUUACCAAUCAGACGAAUUCAAACGCACAUAAAUAACCAGAUUUCCUGACCUUAGUCAUCUUUGCCUUAAAGAAUCCCUCAUCCUCCCCUGCUCCUCCCCCUCUUUCCUAGACUAAUCCAGGAUGGCACUCAGUGGUUUCCUCGCACAGUCCAAAGACAUGCAGUACAAGUGAAUUGAAUAAACCAAAUUGGCACAGUAUAUGAGUGUUUUAGUACUGGGCAUUGACUGCAUAACCAUGUGCUUGUAAAGUGUGUGGUUCAUUUAGCCGUGGCAACCCCUAGGAAUAGGCUGAGUGACCGAAUUUGGGGCAGCUCUCAAGACCUACCUAAGCUCAGACUCCCCUCUUUUCUGAUGAUAAUUGCUCUUCUGAGCUCAAGGCUCUCUCCUGGGACAGCAUGCCAAACAUGCUUUAUUAUCAAUUAUCAGCUAAGUGUGAACCCCUGAAAAAAAUAUAUGCGCACAUCUAAGUAGGAUAAAGUUUUAAUCCAAUAAAAAAUGUGGGUUACCUAUUAUGGGAUCCCAUUUAGCGAAUAAAUUCGAGCAUGCGCAUAAAAAAAAUGCUGAACUGACCACAUUGCACAAUAUCUGAAAUGUUGUUUCAGUCCUUCUAAAAUCUUAGCCAAAGCCUGUCUUUAAAAUGGUCUUGAGUAGCUACGUUCACAAAGAGUGGCCACGUGCCUCUAAAACUCAACAUUAAGUUCAGUCUUCUGAGGUGCAAGUAAUUUAUUAUAUAAGAAAAAGUCCCACAGUGGCUUCUCCAAAUGCAGCAAAUUCCAUUUUUCUACUUGAUAUUUGGCUACAUAUUAUAAGGAAGUGAUGAUUUUGUUCUCUUUGACUCGUUUGAUGAAAAUGGUGAUUUAAUCACAAAUGUUUUAUGCUGAAUUCCAGCUUUGUGCAAGUCUUAAUUUGCAUCUUUGGAUGGAAACAUAGCUACUGUCUAGUUGCUUUUUGCAACCUCUGUGCACCUUCUUGCUAAACCACUGCCAUCAAGUCUGACAGGUGUUUGUAGUUUGGCCCUGUUACAUUAUUGUCCCAAGUAGACAAAAUAUCAGUUGAAACAGCAGCAAAAAUGAGUUUGUCUGAAUUUUCCUUGACAUUUAAAAGUAGUAUGCCCUAAAUUUACACACUAAAUGUAUUGUUAAAUGUAGCUGGCUAUUGAAAAAAAAAGUGGAUGUCCCUGGCUCUAAACUGUGCGCCGUUUGUUUAUGUAUGGAUGGAUGAAUGUAAAAUGGUUUCGACAACCCAGGCUCAUUCUGAAAACAUACCUUUAUAUACAGUACAUUUCUUGAGACUGCCAAAUACGUCCCAGGAGCUAUGUUUUUUGCAGAUUUUAUUUUCGCGAAUCCACCAGAGGCUGGGGUGUCUGGUUUUUGAGAUCUCAAAUUUCUCUUGCGACUGCCAUUCAUGCCUGCUGUUCUCACGGAAAUCCACCAGAGGCCACUGUUGACUGUUUGACUGACUGAAUGACUGACUGACUGGCUGACUGACUGACUGACUGACCAAUCGACUAAACCACUCUCCUCCUUUCCUAAAACCAACCAAUUGUACUGAUUGACCCGCUCACCCACUUCCUUAAACCCAACCAACAAUUUUUAAAAGCAAUCCAGAAAAAGAAAAGCCCUCGCCUGAUUUUACCACAUUCUCAUUUACUUGUUUAUUUUAUUUUUGGCUUGUUAAUUUUGUCAUACCUGCUUUAUGGAACCGUUCUCAGACUCAAACCCCAUUGUCAUGGUCAACUCCUUUCUGCAUCUCAAGUCCACCGACAUACAUGGUUAGCUGAUGGGACAAACUGAUUAAAAAAACAUCCAUACGGAGUUAAGAGGUCAGCUGGUAAUCAACGACGUCAUACCGCUCCGUAGCGUUUAUUUUAAAAAUGAAAUUUUAUAUAGGACUACAUUUUCAGAAUGAGCCUGUGUUGGGUUCCAAAAUGGACCCUUUUCACAAAAUAAUAAAAU